GUUUAGCACCACGUGAACAGCAACCUACGCGAUGAUAAAGGCCGAAAAACAGGCCUUGUAAUGCCGUUGCACUGUUGUCCUUGCCGGAGAAUCAAGAUGCUGCUCCGCCUGUCCCUCGUGUUGUGUGUCGUUGCUGUUGUCGUUGCUAAGCCACCCUACCAAGAUCAAAUCCCCAACGGCAAGCUGGUGCCCCAUCCUUGUAACUCAGAUCUUGUAUGGAAUGCUGUUGGACACACUAAUGCUGAUUUGGGAGGAGCUCAGAGCCUGAACCAGUUCGGACGGGAUUUCAGGGCUGAAGGACACGCAUGGACUCAAGCUCUGUGUCAAAAGGACUCUGACAACGACGGAUUUACCAAUGGCCAGGAGCUUGGUGACCCUCAGUGUACAUGGAGAGCUGGAACUGUGCCAGUCUGGCCGCCCACAGGUCAUCCUGGCAUCGACGAAUCCAGUUAUCCUUGUGCACAUAUGGCCAUUGGUUGAAGAUUCGCGAACAUGCGAUGCUUUCAUGACGGUGUUUGUUACGUGUUGUCAUGAGAUCAUGAGAUAAAGUCAAUUGUUUCCUUUCAUAUUGUUGACUCUCUAAGGAAUAUUAAACAAUCAAACUAUGA